AUGGUAUUUAAGGUUGCUUUUGCUGUUAUGGCGUUGGCAGUGUGUGGACAUGGGCGACUAUACACGUACAUUAGACCGGUCGCUUUUCAUGAAGCACCGACCCUGGUUCAUUCCCAGCCCAAGCUGAGCUACGAGCAGCACCCCAUAUCCGAAGACGAGGUCGUUGACUAUUAUGCAUACCCGAAAUAUGAGUUCAAGUAUGGAGUCAAUGACUUCCACACUGGCGACAUCAAGACUCACCAUGAGAGCCGCGAUGGGGACGUAGUUAAAGGGCAAUAUACGGUGGUAGAGCCUGACGGUUCAAUCAGAACCGUGGACUAUACUGCUGACAAGCACAAUGGAUUCAACGCAGUAGUCCACAAGACGGCUCCCAUUUCCCCACACGAGGCGGCACACUAUAAAUUUUCCGAACAU